CACCUCGCUGCUCGUGGCGCUCGCUCAUGCCUCAUGCUCAUGCGCGCGAGAAUGGGGGAUGGUUGAGGAGUAUCGAUUUGUUUGGCAGAAGUAACAACUCGUUUCACUAUGAAUGACAAAUUUUCGUUGUACAAAGACAGUUAUGACACACCAGAUUUUGUGUUCGACUACACUUCAGCUUUCGAUUAUUCCUCCAUUCAUCACAUGACUGCACUCAAGAAGCCGGAAAAGUUCCAGACUAUAUUCAGCUACAAGAAACAGCAAGUGGUCAUCGACUUGGCAGAUUGUGAACCAGAACCAUGGCAGUCGACUGUGAUUCGGAAUAUCAUAACUUUCUUCUGCUACUUAUUCCUCGUCUUCACCUUCCCAAUCACCUGCUGGGUUUGUAUAAAGAGAGUACCAUCCUUGGAGAGGUUGGCAGUGUUCAGGCUCGGAAAAUUGCAACCAGUACAAGGACCAGGCCUGGUUCUUGUCUUUCCUGUCAUAGACAGUUACAUGAAAGUGGACCUGAAGCCCAAAGUGUUUGCCAUUCCUCCUCGAGAGGUGUUGACAGGAGACGGUGCCAUCCUGGAAGUGAGUGCCGAAUUGCGUUGUCAAGUCGUCCAUAGUGUGCGUUAUGUGACACGCGUCAAGGAAGUGGAUGCUACCGUUGAAGCCCUCGGGAAGCAAGCGCUCACUGGAGUCCUGGGAUCAGGAGAGCAGGAUGACCUUGAAAAUCAUAAAGAGGCCCUGGAGGCUACUCUUUUGACAAAGCUCAAUGAGACCAUUUUGCCAUGGGGCCUCGAGGUAAUUGGAGUAGAAAUUAAAGUGAUGAAGGUCUUAAAACCAGCUGAGCCAACAAAUCCUUUGGCCCCCGUUGUAUCUGCGCUCAAGAAGGCCCUCGGGUUUUCAUCCAGCAACAAAAAACCUCCAAUGACUGUGGCUCCUGUGCCAAUGGGUCCAGGGGUGCUUCAUGCCGUGUCUGCAGCACCGAGUGAACCUCAGUUUGAACAGCUCAUCAAUGUGCUGCACCAGUUGGCUCUGUACACGGCCAAGCAGAAGCAGUUUGAAGACGCAGAAGCUCGGUACCGCAUCAACAUUCAUUCCGUGGACAAGAGCCAGACUGUCACUGCAUACCUCAGCUUCAAGAAUGGUGAGGUGGAGCUGCUCAGAGAGGACAAGGGUGAAAAAGCUCCAGCAGAGCCAGAUGUCACACUGGGGCUUUCUGCGGACGACCUGACACUGAUUCUUUGUGGCCGUGAAUCCCCCAUGCAAAUCUAUGUCCAGGGCCGCAUCCAGUUUUCAGGGGACUGGUCCUGUCUGAAACGCUUCAUGACUGUCAUUCAGGAGUGCACGGUAUGAGGUCAUAUUUUGAGAGGAUGACUUCUUUAGGCAAAGUAAGGGAACCAUUGCUUUUUGGUAGCUUACGUGAAAAAAAACUGCUCCAUUUCGUAGCAAUGAUGUCAAGCAACAACUCUAUUUUGUGAUGAAACAGGUAUCCUUCUGUUUGAUUACCUCAGCUAUCGCUAUGUUACUAUGUAUACGUACCUUAAUUGUCUGCAGCUGCAUACUGUGAAACAGCUCGCGAAUUUGGAACAAUAAUUGACACCAUUCGCAAACUUUGUUUCCACAGUUGGUUGUGCAGGCAACAGUUAUCAAGUAUGAUAGAGUUUGUCUUGUCACCAGCUAGGUAUGUGCCAUCCUAUGUGUAUCUGUGGCAUGCUUUCCCAAACAGCUUUUGCAAUAUAUAUCUACGUCACACUUCCGUGAGCAGCUCCUACAUUAUAUAUCCAUGUUAUAGUUCUCUUAACUAUUUUAAUGGACUGUAGCAGGGUUCUACAAAGUUCUGAAGGCAUGUGUACAUAUGUGUAUGCAUUCGAGGCCUCUUAAGACCAGAAUCAAGACCAAGGGCUUUCGGACAGUUUGAACGAUUGUCUCUUUUGUUUGGGUUAUGCAAAAUGCCAGUUUUUAAAUCCUGUUUAGAGCUUCGCAACUGGUUUUCUAGAGACCGUUUUCUUCAGUAAGAAGACGCACACCCCUGUGUUUUCUAAAACUGUGGGGGAAAAUCGGGUUUUAUUCCAAGAGCCGUCAAAUGGUGAAAUCAGACAACAUCUGGUAGAAAAAACAAGAGCACUUGUCACAUUUCAAAUGAACACGAGAUGCCCGUGCUGAAUGUACAGUGCCCAUAUUGGUGGCUCAAUUUGCACUUCGACAAGUUAUCCCUUGGGGGGGAGGGGUUUACCCCGACUGACGAUGAUAAAAAAUGGGGGUUAAAAAUGGGUUUUACCACGUUUAACCCUAAGGCAUGAGGCUCUACGCACACAUAUACAGUAAUAUGGUAAUGCUGGAGCUAGUUGCAUAAUUUUCCUUGACAAUGUAGUUAUUCAGGUGCAAUAUUUGGUAAAAAGAUGAUCGCAUCAUUUACCAUGCUCACCAUACAGCAUCCAUGCCUAUCAUCUAAUUGCUUUCCACAUAAUACUGGCAAUAUUACUUAAGUCCCCAAAAGUCCCACUUUUGCAAAAAUUUUGCAGAAAUCUCGCCCUAUGCUUUUCAGACUUGCAUUACCCUACCUGCGUUGGCAAACGUAAAACACUAGUCUAUAGAGUGGCCAACAACAGAGGUCAAGAUAUGAGAAUGUAAAACUAGUUAUUGUUCCUUAAUAUAUUCCUCUCUCUUCUCAUUAAUCGUGUUGAACAUGUUGAUUCUAACGGCAGAGAUGUUGCAGCAAUGUGCCAGGCUGGAGCGUUAGUCAUGCUGAUGCACCCUUUCUAAUGCAAUACUGUCGUCAUUAUUCGAGAAUCGUGCUGAAAGACUGUCGCUUUUCCCACAAUGUAGUCAUUUGCAGGAGCAGACAGAACAGUCUCUUGGUGUGGAGAAUAGUAACAUGAUCUAUGCUUUUGGGACAGGAUAACAUCUCCCAGUUCCUGUACUGUGCCAAUCAAAGCGGAUCAUUUUUUAAAACAGUCUUCUAAGCAUUUAUCUCACAUUAGUCGCACAGCACUUUCCCAAUAGGGACAGUGACUACAGAACAAAUGUGUUCCUACGAUAUAGUAGUUGCCUGCUAGUUUUUAUAACGUGUUGUGGAUAGCCUCGUUAAUACUGGUUAGAGAGCUUUAUUGUGCAGGUUCUAGUCACAUCUUCCUCUCCUUUUCAAACAGUGCUGUGACUACUAUAGUCUUACAAUGCAGUCCAUGUGCUGCAAGCUCAAUAAAAUGUAUUUCUACACCCAACA